AUGUUCGUACUCUGGGAUGCUGAUGGCAACGAGAUUCGCGACGAGUAUCCUCAUGAUAUUCUCCGUCAUCCAGAAGACGUUGCCUUUAAUCUGGACACGAUUGUUGGUAGACUUGAAGAAAUCGGCGAAUCGGACAUCGUUGCUCUCCAUCAACUGGCCCAGAAUCAUUACAUUGUUCUUGACGCGUCCACGAAGGACGGCAGGCACUUCAUCGUCAGGAUUGCAAGGGACAGUGUCCCCUCAUUUGGCAGUGAUCGCAUAGCCAACAUCCAUUCCUAUGCGCGUAUUGCACUUGAUUUUUUUCGCAUAAAUGCGCCAGAUGGAAUCGGCAGUAUCUCUUCCUUCAAAUCGACCGCAAAUGCUCGGCCAGAUAAACCCAUUCUGGGUCCUUGUAUCUCGCCUUCUGGUUUUCAUACUCCAUCCAAUAUUUUCGAAUCUAUCGAGGAGUAUUUCAGGUGGCUUAUCUCCGUCAAAAAGACCUCGACUGCUGUGGGAACUACGAAACCAGACCUCGACGAAGCGCAAGUCACCCUGGAGCAGCUCGAAAACCUUAUCUUGGAGGCUGUCUCUGGCUAUGACGCUGAACUUCUAAGAGGCGUCCCAUCACAUCAAGACUUCAGCGGACAAAACGUUUUCAUCAAUGACGAAGGCCUCAUCACCAAUGUUAUCGACUGGGAAUUUCACGUGGUCAAGCCAGCUGUAUUAGCUGCAGACUAUCCAACUUGGAUUCGCUACAAUGGGACCGGUGACCCCCGUCCGGCGGAUGCAAAAUUGUUACGAGAGGAAUACGAUGCAAUGGUCAAAAAAGAGGAUCCCGAAUAUUACCAUGCUUUGAAAGCCGGCACGUUUUGUCGCAUGGCGGAGGAAUGGUUGUUGGAUGAUAUUGAGGAUAUUGGAUGUCGGCGUAUGAAAGCCUGGCUGAACAACUUCCUCGAGUAA